AUGGAUUCAAUCACGCACAAUGCCCCUCCGUUGGAUCUGCGAAACCUCGUGUCCCGCCUUUUGUCCUCCCACACCAUCAUCUUCACCAUCGUAUUCAUAAUCGCAGUCAACCUCAUCCACACUCUCUGGACCGCCGUCUACAACGUCUACCUCCACCCGCUCCGCCACUUCCCCGGUCCGAAGCCAUGGAUCGCAUUCCCAUUCCUCACAGACAUCGCCCGCUUCCGCGGCACCCUCGACGUCCGAAUCCAGCAGCUCCACAACCGCUAUGGCGAAACCGUCCGCAUCAGCCAUGACACCAUCUCCUUCAUCUCCCCCGCAGCCUGGAAAGACAUCUACGGCCACGGCCACCCCGAGCUACCUAAGCCACACGUCGACGUGCCGGGCGAGCGGCACAUCAUGACGGCCAACGCGCACGACCACCCGCGCCUGCGCCGCGCCAUGCAACCGGCCUUCUCCUCCGCCGCGCUGGGCCAGCAGGAGGCGCUAAUCGCCGUCUACGUCGACCUGCUCGUAUCGAAGCUGCGGGAAGCCGCCGCCACAACGACGGGCCGGCCCGCGGUGGACAUGGCGCGCUGGUACGCGGUGACGACGUUCGACCUGAUCGGGGACCUGGCGUACGGCGAGUCGUUCGGCGGAUUGCGCGAGGGGAGGACGAACCAGUGGCUGGAGCAGAUCACGACGGCGCUGCGGCUGAUUCCCGUGCUGUCGCUCGCGGCGAUGAGUCCGUUGCUGUCGAAGAUCUUGAUGGUGCUGGGGUCGCGGAAGAUGAAGAGCGUGGGGGCGGCGCAUAAGGCAAAGGCAAGGGCGCUGGCGAUGCGAAGGAUCGAGAAUGCGGAGCAGAAGGAUCGUGGGGAUUUUAUGACGCACUUUAUGCGGGCGCGGGGCCAGCCGCAGGGGUUGAGCGAUGACGAACUGGCGGCGAAUGCGGAUGUGUUAAUUGUGGCGGGGUCUGAGACGACGGCGACGCUGCUGGCCGGCGUGACGUGGUUCUUGCUGUCGAACGCUGAGGCGUAUGGGAAGUGCGUGGCGGAGGUGCGCGGCGCGUUUGCGAGUGAGGACGAGAUCGGGUUCAAGGCGGCGACGGCGCGGCUGCCGUAUAUGCUGGCCUGUCUGGACGAGGCGCUGCGGUUGUAUCCGCCUGUGCCGUCGAUGCUGCAGAGGAAGACGCUGCCGGGUGCGCCGACGAUGAUUGCGGGGCAUAUGGUUCCGGAGAAUACUCUCGUUGGCGUCCACCAUCUAUCCGCUUACCACUCCGAGCGGAACUUUCACCGCCCGAACGAGUUUCUGCCAGAGCGAUGGCUGCCCGCCGCACGCACUGAUCCAGCUUCUCCGUUUUUCAACGACAGGCGCGAGGUCCAUAAGCCGUUUAGCUUUGGGCCGCGUGACUGCAUUGGGCGGAACCUUGCUUACCACGAGAUGCGUCUGAUUUUGGCGAAGCUGCUCUGGAAUUUCGACAUGGAACUAGCGGAGCCGUUGUCGACAGGCUGGGCCGAGAGCCAGAAGACAUAUAUCCUGUGGGAUAAGCCGCCUCUGAUGGUACGGCUGAAGGAAAGGGCACUGUAA